UAGCACAGUCCCGCGGCCCGGUGUCUUUAGAGAAUUUUUGUUCUUUCUUAAAAAAAAUAUAAACAAAAAUAUUAUUUUUCUUUAUUAAAAGAAAAUUGCUCCAACAAAUAACAGCAAUAGUUAAAAUACUAACAUAAUGGCUUCUAACAUUUCCAAAGCAAACAAACCAAAAAAUGUCCCUUCCAGCACAAAUAAUAGAAAACCAGAAAACUCCAAUAAGUCUCAACAACAAUCAAAAAAAUUCAAAGAUAUUCAAAAUAAAAAUAUGGAAAUGGCUAAGAAAAUUACAGAAAACUAUGAGUCCAGUUCUGAUGAAGAAGAACUCGAUGGUGGAAAAAUCUUGGAAAAAUUAUACAAAAACUAUACUGGUGGUAAUGAUCAACUGCAAAAGACUGCAGCUUUUUUGGAAAAUGUUUUACAAUCAGGAUCUGCAAUAUGCCUAAUUUGCAUUGGUUCGGUGAAGAGAAUGGAUGCAAUUUGGUCUUGCAAGUUUUGCUAUUGUGUGUUCCAUUUGAAUUGCGUAAAGCGAUGGGCAAACGAUAGUAUUGCAUUACUUAAAGACAAGGGCACCGAAGAGCAAGGAUAUUACAAUAAUUUGGGUGAAUUCAUUCCGAAAAAGGUAAAAGCUGUGAAGUGGUGUUGUCCACAGUGUCGACGGGACUAUCAACCCCAAGAUAGACCAACUCAAUAUGAGUGCUUUUGUGGAAAAGAAGUUAAUCCUGUGAAUCAAGAAUGGAUAGUUCCACAUUCUUGUGGAGAGACUUGUGGCAAACCAUUACAACCUGAAUGCGGUCACAUGUGUAUGCUUCUCUGUCAUCCUGGUCCAUGUCCUCCCUGUGCUCAGAGUAUAUUUUCAAGUUGCAAAUGUGGAAAAUCCCCACCGAAAACACUUCGUUGCUUCCAAAAAACCUGGACAUGCGAUCGGAAAUGUUUGCAGGUUCUUCCUUGUGGCAAACACAAAUGUGAUCAAGUUUGUCAUUCGGCUAAACAAUGUCCCCCUUGCAGCAAGUCUAGUCGUCAGAAAUGCGUUUGCGGCAAUGAAGAAGCCACGAAAAACUGCUCCCAGAGAAUCUGGCAAUGUAAGAAGGUGUGCAACAAAAAAUAUAGUUGCGGUAUUCAUAGUUGUAAACAAGUCUGCCAUGAUGGACCAUGCGGCGAUUGUCCACUUAGCCUUCCAAGAUCUUGUCCAUGUGGAAAAACUAGGAAAACAGCACCUUGCAACGAACCCAUCGAUACUUGUGAAGACACUUGCUACAAGUUGCUCUCGUGUGGAAAACACUAUUGUACCCAACGUUGUCAUAAAGGCGAUUGCAGCUUGUGCUUAAUUGUGACGAAAAAAACAUGUCGCUGUGGUAUGCACGAAAAAGAGUUACCUUGUUGGAAGGCAUUCAGUUGUGAAACAAAAUGCAAGAAGAUCCGAGACUGUGGAAAACAUGCUUGUAAUAAAAAGUGCUGUGAUGAUCAAUGUCCACCGUGUGAUAAGGUAUGCGGAAAAUUGUUGUCUUGUAAAAAGCACAAAUGCAGUUCAGUUUGUCACGAUGGUCCGUGUUAUCCUUGUAAGUUACAAUCUCAAGUUAAAUGUAGAUGUGGAAGUACUUGCAUUACGGUGCCCUGUGGUAGAGAGCGUAGAGCUCGUCCUAAUUGUAUGGAACCUUGCAGAGUUCCUUCUAAAUGUCAUCACCAAAAUAAACAUAAAUGUCACAAAGGUGAUUGUCCAUCAUGCAGUCAAGUGUGUGGAUUGAAGAAUGACACCACCAAUUGUGAACACUUGUGUUCAGCUCGUUGUCAUGCUGCUGUUAAGAUUCCUCUCAAAAAUAACCCUAACAAUAUAUUUGAGUAUAAAUUCGAUAAUUAUGAAAUUAAACAAAUGCCACAUCCAAAAUGUGAGAAGAAGGUUAUGGUUGCCUGUAUUGGUGGCCAUGAGAUAGCCGAAUGGCCAUGUUGGAAUUCUAAGCCAACAUCAUGUCAACGUCUUUGUGGUCGCAAUUUGAAAUGUGGCAACCAUAAGUGCGCACUCGUUUGUCACAAUGUAACCGAUCCCGAUGAUAAAAACGAGCAAGAAAGCUGUGGAUCAUGCAUAGAAGGAUGUGAAGUUAAACGACCUCCAGGAUGUGUUCAUCGUUGCAAGAAAUCUUGUCAUCCACCCCCAUGCGACCCAUGUCUUGCACAAAUCAAAGCAAACUGUCAUUGUGGCCUAACGCAGGUUUAUUAUAAGUGUUCUGAAUAUUAUUCAACUACCAUGGACAUUGAAGAACGUCAAGAAAAAUUGAAGAGUUGUGGAAAUCGUUGCAUUAAAAAUUACCCAUGUGAUCAUCGUUGUUCAGCUGAAUGUCAUUCAGGGCCCUGUCCAAAUCCACAAAGUUGUCGUAAGAAGGUGAAAAUCUAUUGCGAAUGCAGGCGCAUCAAAAUGGAAGUCACAUGUGAGAAAUCCCGAUCGAAAGACACUUUCAUACCGUGUGAUGAUGUGUGUCAAGUCAUCAAAGCCGAAUCGGAAAAAAUCAAACGCGAAGAAGCAGAAAAACAAAGACUUGCCGAAGAGGAACGCAAUCGCAUUGAAUUGGAACAAUUUGAAAAGAGAUUUGGUAAACGAAAACCAAGAGAACGUAAAGUUAUUGCACAAGAAGUAAAAACAAACAACAAUCAAAUGAAAUUGCUGAUUGGCAGUGCAGCUGCUAUUGUAGUAGCUGCAGUGCUAAUCUUUUAUUUUUAUUUAUAAGAAUAAAAUAGAAUUAAAAUUUGUCUUUUUUUAGUUUUUAAAUUAGUAUUUAACAAUUACUAUAAACAUCGAAAACAUAUUUGAGCUUUUUUUCUAUGUAAACAACUUUUGCAUGCGAAAAUAAAUUAAGUUAAAUAAAUUAAAAAAUUA